CCAACAUGAUAUGUACCAGCCUUGGCUAACAGCUAGAGAUUUCAGUGUAAUAUAUUUUUUCCAUCUUAGUGCCUAUAGAAGCUAGAAAUACUCUGUUUUUGCUGUUAGCUGACAGAUCAAAUAUUUUGUUGAUUGAGACAAUGAUUAGAUCGAGAAUCCAGGUCAAACCGUAACAGAUACUAAUAAUAGUAGUCAAUUGCCCCCAGCCCCAACACUAUGUGGAACCUAGAGGAAUAAACCAGAAAUGAUAAAUAUAAACAUUUAUCAACAUCUCCAAAUGAUUAUUUUCAUCUUAAUAACUUGCUUGAAAUCACUGUCAUCUGAUGGCGUUGUUUAAAGAACUCAAACAUUUUCUUCUAACACAGCUUUUUAAAAAUCCCUUUAAAAAUUUCGACUCUCAAGUUUUAAUUUUCAUCUAUCAGUUCCUUUUGCUAAAGAAAUUUGAGGGCAAGUUAAAAUUAUAUCCUCUCUUACUAGGCCCUUAUUUGUAUAUUCAAAAGAGAAACUUUCCCAGGUUCAAUUGAUUGGGGCACAGGCAGAAGGCUUCUGGGUGCAGCCCCCAUUCAGUGGGCAGCAGCUGAUUUCAAGGAUGCACCAUAGUCUCUGGGGAGGCCAAUCAGAGCCCAGUCUUUUCUCAAAAUUUUUUCCUUGGGGGAAGUGAGAGGAAAAAAUUGAAAAGCAAGGAAGAGAUUAAGGAAGUCGUUGCCAGAUUCCUAGGGGGCCCUUGUCAACCCCCCUCCCCCAAGUUCUGAACCCCAUCAGCCUGUAUUCACCAGUUUUACAGAUCUUAUAAACACCCUCCGGAAAUUCAGCCAAAUCAUAUAAAUAAGUCUUUCUUCAAGCUCCACAGAAUUGAAGACUUUAAAGCUAAUUCAAGGGUUUUACAAGCCUAACAAAUACAGUUGUAAAAAUGCCACUGGAAUGAUACCACAUUUUACAAAAUGAGAUUGAUCUAUGCGCUGUAAAAGUCAACUAUCUUGAAGGCACAGCUCUCAGGCAAGAGAGCACAGCCCAGGACAGGCUUUUCAUGUCCUGUCUGGGGAAAGCCAGGCCUGCGACUGUGGUAAACGCAAUUCAGAUAAUUUCUGGAGCUGGGGAGACAACUGUUUCUGGUUCUGGAGCCACAGUGGGUGGCAGGUUCCCCCAAAGUCCCAGAAAAGGCAGGAAAAGGGGAUAUCCCAGGACAGUGCCCUUUGGACAGGUGACCCAGAAACCAAUCACAUUCGUUACUGCCACCGCCUUGGGCCAGCAGAGCUGCCCUCUCUGCUGGGUUGAGCCAGGCACCCUGGGUCACUAGCAACUCUGAAAUGAGGGCAGAGAUUCCACAUCUGGAUCUGUCUCAUCUCUGCCACCCUGCGCGGAGCACAAGAGGGGAGCAGGUCCUAGGGCUGGCUUUGGAACUCAGUCUCACAGCUGUUCCUCUGUAGAUUCCUUUCUUGUUGAAACCAGUGGUUUCCAGCCUCUGCGUUCCUGGGUUCAGAGGCAGCCAGAGCGGGGCUCACAGCGUGUGUGUGUGUGUGUGUGUGUGUGUGUGUGUGUGUGUGCCUGUGUGUGCACGCACUUUGAGGCCAGGCAGUCGCUGGCCAUUGUAAGGAGGCCUCUCGAGACUCAAAGAAGACAUGUUGUUGUACGUGGGAGUAGGGGGCCGGCAGGGGAAGAGACUAGCCUGAUCCUAGUCCUGGCUGGCUCGAGGUGAGCCUUUCCCUUUGGUGGCGAGGCCUAGGCCCUUGGUGGGAGUGAGGAAAGAAAGAAGGAGAUGAUGCACCGAUUCCUAAGGCGUAGGAGAGAACUGGGGCGAAGGCCUGGUUUCUCAAAUCCCUUCUCCAUCUCAGUAACCCGCACCCACGGGGAGAAGAGUGCAGGGGGAGGGGCAAACUCAGGGCCCUGCCGGUACGGCAGGCCCGCCGGGGUACAGCCAUCCUUGUCACCGCCCCUCCCGGCGCGGGGCUGUCAGGUUUCCUGUUUGGAGAGAAAAACCAGCAAAAUCCAACAAGGCAAAAGGGAAGGAGGAAAGAGCGGGCCUGUUUGGGCCUUUUCGGCGGCCAGGACACCGGUGCCCCUACCACGGGCCGAUCCGCACAGCCCUGCCCGGGCUGUGCCCGCCGCCGGCGUUGGGGGAGAGAGCCCGGCGGGUUGGUCGUGCGCGCCCAUUAAUCUGCCGGGCGGGCGGGCGGCGGGCGGGCGGACUGGGGGCUGUUUGUAACUUUGCUGCCUCGGUCGCCGCGGUCCCCGGGGAGCGGGCUCCGGCGCUCGCUCCCAUUGGCCGCCGCCGCGUCAGCUGGUGCGAUUUGCUGCUGUCGCUUUUGGCGUUCGGCCAUCCAGAAACAAACCAGUUCGAUGACUACUAAUAGUUAUAGCCAGAUGUACUAAUACACAACAAAUCACAGUCCUGCAGAGGGGCGCGCAAAUGAGUUCCUAUUUUGUGAAUCCCACUUUCCCCGGGAGCCUGCCCAGCGGCCAGGACUCCUUCUUGGGCCAGCUGCCCCUCUAUCCGGCCGGCUAUGACGCGCUGAGGCCCUUCCCGGCCUCGUACGGGACGUCGAGCCUCCCGGACAAGACGUACACCUCACCUUGUUUCUACCAACAGUCCAACUCGGUCCUGGCCUGCAACCGGGCAUCCUACGAGUACGGGGCCUCAUGUUUCUAUUCUGAUAAGGACCUCAGUGGCGCCUCGCCCUCGGGCAGUGGCAAACAGAGGGGCCCCGGGGACUACCUGCACUUUUCUCCCGAGCAGCAGUACAAACCCGACAGCAGCAGCGUGCCGGGCAAAGCCCUCCAUGACGAAGGCACCGACCGGAAGUACACGAGCCCUGUUUACCCCUGGAUGCAGCGGAUGAACUCCUGCGCGGGUGCUGUGUAUGGGAGUCACGGGCGCCGAGGCCGCCAGACCUACACGCGCUACCAGACGCUGGAGCUGGAGAAGGAGUUCCACUUCAACCGCUACCUGACGCGGCGCCGCCGCAUCGAAAUAGCCAACGCGCUCUGCCUCACCGAGCGCCAGAUCAAGAUCUGGUUCCAGAACCGCCGCAUGAAGUGGAAAAAGGAAAAUAAACUCAUCAAUUCCACACAACCCAGCGGGGAGGACGCUGAGGCAAAGGCAGGCGAAUAGACGCCUGGGCAGGGACCAGGCCUGCGCCGCAACCUCCCUUGGCUUUGCCCCCUUGCCUUCGCCUGCUCCCCAACUUUUCUUCCCGCCUGCUCUCAUCCGGGGGGCUUUCGAAGCUUCAGGGGAGCCCGGCGCUUUGCAAACGCCUCAGCAUUUAUUUCUUACAAGGAAAAAAAAAAAAAAAA